AUGCAGGUGCGACUGCGCGCUGCGAACAGUGCGCAGACGGCGGUGCCGCUGCAGGCGUCGCUGCGGGCGGCGCGCUGCGUGGUCGCGCCGCGCGCGCCGCCCGAGCCGUGCGCCGCGCCGCCGCCGCCCGGCCCGCCCCCCCCCCCUCACCCGCCCCCGCCCCCGCCCCCGCACAACGGCGCAGAGACCGCGCCGGGAGCCCAUCUGGAACUCCUGCUCUCUCAACUCGAGCCGCUCCAGAAUUUCACGGAUGUAGCGCAGCUGACUCUCGACUACGGCGAGCUGUGGGACAGCGCGAGGUCGGACGCGCGCGAGGGGGGUGCGGGGCGCGAGGCGGGCGAGGUGCGGUGCGCGGGCUGCGUGCAGCUGGGCCGCGCAGAGCUGCCCUACUCGCUGCGGCUGGUGGCCGGCACCCUGCGCCUGGAGCCGCAGCGCCUGCAGUUCGUGCUGGCCGAGGUGGCGGCGGGCGGCGCGGCGGCCGAGGCCACGCUGCGCGCCACCAACGAGUGCGGGCGCGCCCUGCACGUGGCGGCGGCGCUGCUCUCGCCCGACGCCGCGCCGCACUUCCAGGUCGCCGACCGCACCCCGGUGCUCCUGCAGCCCGGCGAGGCCAAGGAGGUGGCGCACCUGCGGCUGCUCCAGAGCGCGCUGCGCGACAACGUGACGCUGGACGCGCGCCUCGUUCUAACCACGAACCUGUCCGACUACGAAGUGCCCGUGCUCGUGUACAGCGGCCGCUUCGAGCUGGAGUGGGAGUGGCCGUGGGGCGCGGAGGGCGCGGAGGGCGCGGAGGGCGCGCUCGUGUCGCUGGGCGCGCUGGGCACGUCGGCGUCGCGGCGCGUGGGCGUGCGGCUGCGCAACGCGGGCCCCGCCCGGCUCUGCGCCCGCGAGCUGCGCGCCUCGCUCUCGGCCGGCUCCGCGCAGCUCACGCUGGCCGCGUGCGCCAACGCGCCGCCCGACCACCCCUGCCGCUGCGCGGAGGCCGGCGACUGGCUGCAGGGCUGGCUGGUGGUGGUGGCGCCGGCGCGGGCGGGCGCCGUGCGCGGCCACGUGCGCGUGCGCAGCCAGCACGCGACCGCACAGGCGGCGCUGUCGCUGCGCGCGCUGCCCGGCCGCCUGCUGGCGCACCACCUGGACCUGCCCCCCGCCGCACCCUACGCGUGGUCGUCGGCGGAACUGGUGCUGGAGAGCACGAUGGACGUGGAGAUGCGGGUCGUGAACGUGACGCAGCCCUCCCCGGACCCCGCGGUGAGCUACAGGCCGGCGGAGGGCGGCGCGGGCGUGGUGCGCGCCGGCCGCCGCCCGGUGGGGCGGGUCUCGUUCGCGGCCGAGCGCCUCUGCCAGCCGCUCUGCUACACCGGCCUCGACCUCGCCUCGCCCGAGGGCGCGGCGUGGCUGACUCGCAGCAACGCCUGUGACGAGGCGGCACUGCAGGAUGACGUCGCGCUGCUGCAGACGCGACUCGACCGCUUCCGACGCCACCAACAGCUGCACCGCAACCUCUCGCUGCACGUGCACACCGACGAGGUGAUGCAGAUCCCCGUUGCGGGCUCGGUGCAGCUGCACUGGCCGCGGCUGCGCAUGGACGACGCGCACGAGCGGCCCGCCGGCGAGGCGCCCGCCGAGGGCGACGCCUCGGGGGCGGAGGGGCCGGAGGGGGCGGAGGGCGCGGCGGGGGCGGAGGGCGCGCUGGCCGCCGUGGGCGCGACGCGCACGCUUCGCCUCGUGGCGCGCAACCCGUCGCGCUCGCACCCGCUGCUGCUGCAGGCCGCCGUGCACGCCGACCUGCGCCUGCCCGCGGCAGCGGCCGAGGGCGCGCCGCGCUGCGCCAACGGCAGCUGCUCCUGGGCGCCGCGCGCCUUCGCCGUGAGUGGCUGGCGCGCCCGGCGCGGCCACGUGCGCGAGUGGGCGCCGCCGCACCUGCCGCCGCGCGCCGCCCACGUGGCGCCGCUGCUGCUGCUGGCGCCCGGCGCCGUGCUCGAGCUCGCAGUGGCCUUCGCGCCGUCCGCGCCGGCGCGCCUCGCCGCCUACCUCUACCUCAGGAACAACCUGACCAUUCUGGAGGGUAUACUAUUGACGGGCGAAGGCGCCUAUCCGAGUUUCGAAUUGGCCGGCCGGAAACCAGGAUCGGCGACUCCCAUUCUGUUUGAGGUGGAGGAGUGCGGCGCGGGGGCGGGCGGCGUGCGGCGCGCGUUGGUGGUGCGCAACACGGGGCGCGUGCGCGUGCGGCUGCGCGAGUGGCGGCUGUCCGGCGCCGCGUGCCGCGCGCGCGGCUUCCUGCUGCAGCCGUGCGCGCCGCUCGCGCUGGCGCCCAACGAGUCGCGCGCUCUGCACCUCUCCUUCGCGCCCGACUUCACGCUGGCGCGCACCCACGCGCGCCUGCAGCUGCGCUCCGACCUCGGCCGCGCCGACUUCGCGCUGCUGGCCACGGCCGAGCGGCGCGCCUUCGAUCGCUGGCGGGCCGAGAUGCUGCGCCGGGCGGAGGACGACGACUCCCGCUCGAGCGAGGACGCCGACUCGGCCUCGCUGGAAGCCGACCCGCCCUCGUCGCCCCGCAUAGAGGACCUCGCCGCCCCGCUCCUCGACGACGAAACGUUCGAGGCGCGACCGGACACGCCCCCCGACACGGACGACUACGAGCCCGAGCCGGAGCCCGACGACGACGACGACGACGACGAGGAGGAGCGUCCAUCGAACAGCGGCGACGAGUACGCCGUCUCUCUCGGAUCCGAAGACUCGACGUCGGGCGAGCUCGACGAGCGCUCCGAGCCCGACGAGAGCGAGACCGCCGCCGAGCGCGACUCUCCCGGCGAGGCCGCCGAAGACAAGCUCUCGCCGGCGCCCGCGGAGCAGGAGGCGCGCGCCGCCGCCGGCACGCCCGAGCGCGGGGCGCGGCCGCGGCGCGAGGCGGUCGAGGCGGCCGAGGCGGCGCGCCGCGGCGAGCGCGCCCGGCCGCAGGGCGCGGCGGAGGCGCCGCCCGCGCGCGCCCCGCGCGCCCGCCAAGCUGCCCGCGCGCAAGGAGAAGGGCGCCAAGCGGCGCGGCGAGCGGGCCCCCGCGCCGCCGUCGCGCGCCUCGCCGGCGCCCGCCGAGCCCGCCGAGCCCGGCGAGACGGGCGCGGAGGCGCCGGCCGAGGUGGAGGCGCGGGGCGUGAGCGCCGGCGCGGCGCUGCGCUGGGGCGCCUCCUGGAGCUCGGUGGUGGCGGCGCGCGGCGCGCUGGCGCCCAUCGGCUCGGACGUGCGGCGCCGCUCGCCCGGGCCGCGCGCUGCGCCCGCGCCUGCCGCGCCAGACCACUCGCUCUUCUACUUCAACGGCGGCGCGGCGCGCGGCGAGCUGGCCUGGCGCUCGCCGCCGCCGCCGCGCCCUUACGCCUCCGCCGCGCACGACUACCUCGGUCGGUCCGGAGGAGGCGGGCGUGGGCGGCGUGGGCGGCGUGGGCGGCGUGGGCGGCGCGGCGGGGCGGCGCGUGGGGCGGCGCGUGGGCGUGGGGCGCGGCGGGCGCGGUGCGGCCCCCGCCCGGCUUCGGCGCGCCGCCGCGGCCGCCGCGCGCCUACGACCCGUUCCGCUCGCUGGCCUCGAUCUGGGCGCCGCGCGCGGCCGACUGGCGCCUGGACGACGACCGGCCCCCCGAGCGGCCCGACGACCAGCGC